AUGAAGUUCUCUUCUCUUCGGCUCACCAGUGUGAAAGGUGUGCGUGAGUACAUCAUGAAAAUGCGAGAUAUUUCAUCUCAACUUAAGAAACUAGAGGUUGAUAUGUCUGAGUCCUUCCUAGAAGAAGAAAGGCUUGUAAUGGAGAUGGGUGAGAGUGCAUUGCUGACUACUGCUUAUGGGAAGAACAAAGCAAUUAAGUCUCAAGCUAAUCAGAAGGGUAAUGGUAAAAUACCACCUCAAGCUGAUAUUAAGAAGGUGACAAAGUGUUUCUUUUGCAAGAAGAAGGGACACAUGAAGAAGAAUUGCCCCGAGUUCCAGAAAUGGCUUGAGAAGAAAGAAUGGUGUGGCAGAAAGAAGGAACCGAACAUUAUUGGACAUGGUUCGGAGUAUGUUUAG